UUCCUCCCUCCUUCCCUUUUUCUUCUCUUCAUGUCUCCCCUACACUCAUUUCUGUCUGGUCUGGAAGGGGAUACAUCAUCUCUACAUCUGCUUUAUGGCUUUUGGUUGCAGUCCAACACUGUUGUGCCACACUGCUGGCAGAGUGUUGCAGAGGACCACUAGAUGGGGAUGUGUAGUCAUGGCAGAAUAAACAUGCAACUCACAGGACAGCCAAAUGAAAAGAGUGUGCUCUCUCCACUGCUCCUUUAAAUAACAUGGGACUGCAAGUGUUUGGCGUGGUCCUUGACGAUUCUGCUCCAUAGGUAUAUUUUCUCUAGGUUUCACAUCUCUUCCCAGGAGUCACACUCUUUCUGAAAUAUAGUACCCUUGAAGGGCCAGAGAGAGAGAGAGACAAAUUGUUUGCAACAGUCAUAUAUAAAGAGGUUAGCGGGGCAGUCACAUCACACCGUCAUGACUGCGGCGAUAAAGGUACACAAUGCCUAGUGCAGUGUAAGCAAACGGCAGAACAGCGAGCGGGAGCUGUGGCGUGUGGAAAAUGCUAGUGGACACGGACAAUGCAACAGGCUCAGGCCUGACUAGCCCUCAGAGGGACAGGGGUCGCCUCACUGCGGACAACAGCCCCCUCUCUCCCUCCCUCCCUCUGAGGGCUAGCCAGCGCAGGGGCUGCCACAGCAUGGCCUCGGGGAGGACGCUGAAGUUCGCCCUGUGCGAGGUUCUGCAGUUUGUAGGCCUGUGCGUGCCGCUCUUCAUCGUCAUGCAAAGGUUCGCCCUCAUCGUGGCGCGGGUCAAGAGCAUGGCGCAGCCGCCUGGCGACGCCAGCACCGCCUACUGGCUCAUCGUGGCCUCCUCUAUCGCCUAUGUCACCUCCACAGCCCUGCUGGUCUGGGUGCCCAUGAAGUACAUGGUGUUCACAAAUAAGAAGUUUCUUGUCGGCAGGAAGAAGUGGAGGCCAGUGGCACUGGUCUAUGUGAUCCUCUCCACAUUACCCUGCUUUGCCUUUCUCAUCGCCAGCUCAGAGGUGCAGAUCAAUAACAGUAUAAGGCAGGACACGUUCGCAGAGCUCCCCGUGUCGCUGAUGCUCUUCUCCCUCAUCUGCAUCGAUAUCCUGGAGAGGAUCCGCCACUGUCGACUCACUGGACAUGCUAAUGAAUUGGACCGAGAUGCUGAGAUCCCUUCCAAUGUCCUCACACACGUGGAGCACCUACGUGGAACCCCAGUGACACCAGUAAACCCAGCAAACCCUGCGUCACCCGUAACGCCAGCUGUGCCCGGGCAACCUGCACAACCAGGGCAACCUGGUGGUCCAAAUGGGCAGGACCAGAACGGGGCGGGCUCACGACCAGAGGCCAAUGGGACUUUCCAGGGGAUGUCAGGUAACCAGAUACCAGGGAGACAGUUUAGCAUUUCAGGCCUGAGCUCACGCUCGGCACGCUCAGCACGUUCGGCACGCUCUGCACACUCUGUCAGCACGUCGGUGGACCGUGGAGUCUCACCAAAUGCGUACACAGGGCCGCUGCACUUCCUGUGUGCCAGCGAUGCCCGAGCCGAGGUAUUUGUGGACAGCUUUCUGUUCUGGAUGGACACAGUGGAGAUGGUGAGGGUGGCUGGGCACCCAGCGGUCUACUACUCGGGCUGGGUGUUCCCUAUCUACAUCUUUAGCUACCUGUCGUGCCUGCGGCUGGUUGUCAUGCCCCACAGUCCCCUGCUAUCAUCACUAGGCGUGGCCCUGCAGGAUUUGCCCUUCCUGUUUGUGCGUAUCGGCCUCAUCGCCUUCUUCGGCUUUGUCACUCCCCUCCUCUACCUGAUGAAGAACCUGCUCGUCUGCCUGGCCUUCAUCUACUUCAACUUUAUGACCAAGCUGAGGGUCUUCAACACCGAGAGGAUGUUCUGAUCUGAGUCGCCAGCCAAGGAUGAGAAAAAAACAAUGGACAACAACCCACUGGGUUUCCACAAAACUGGUUUCCACAUCAUUUCAAUCCCCCCCAAAACUGUAAGGGAAUUUAUUUAUUUGUUUUUACAUUUUUUUUUUUUUAACCUAAAUCCAAUGUCAUGGUGAUAUUUUUUGUUCAUUUCACAUUGUAUUCACAACUCAACCAAAUGUAAAUCAAAACUAGACGUUGAAAUUACGUCUGUGCCCAGUGGAAAUGGAGUUCAUAACAGAGACACCAAACCAAAACAACAACUGACUCACGCAGCGAUGAGAAGAGAUGGAGCGGAUUCCUGUGUUCGGCACAGCAAAGAGAGAUUGAUCCAUUUCAUAAUGAUGAUUCUGAUUAAAGGAGGGACAGGAUGACAAUUGUGGAGCUUUUUGCAGGCUAAAAGGGAACUCUUUGGCAAUGUGUUCCCGUAAAGGGGAUGGAGGACAUUGACUGUCAGAGGACUAUGUGUUGUCUUGGUGUUAUCUUAUUUCCUAUUUGUUCAACGUUGUUUUUUACCCCGCAACUCUCCUUGCCCCCUUGUCCCCAACCUGAACCAUGGCACUUUGAGAAUGUAAAGAACCUGUCAUGUCACUUACAGAUUUGAUAACAGAUAAUAUAUGAUGUUUCUAUUCUAUUACCAUAAAGUGCAGUGAAUUGUGUAAGAAUAUACAUCCAUGUUGUUAUACAUCCCAGAUUUUCUUCCCUUGCUAGGUUAUCAUAUCCACACAUUUAAAACAAAGCGUGAGUUUGUACAAAUGAAACAUAUUUUUGGGUGUAAAAAUGUAUAAAGACAAAUAGAAAAUCGGAGAGAAAAAAAAUACAUCUGUUUUAUGAUAUGAUUUCACGUGAGCAUGAACUGUGUAUGACUGCAUUUAUAUGCGUGUGUUACCGGCCUCAGUCUGUAGGUGGCCUGUAAUAGUAAAAAGAACGGACACACGUUUACGUUUGCCAAGAUCUGUCGCUUUCUAUAUUAUGACGAUUUUUUUUGUCUUCUACAAUUGUCUUUUUUCUUGUACGUACACUACCGGCCAAAAGUUUUAGAACACCUACU